AUCGUUCGAGCAUUUGAUUUGGCGGCCGGGUUUUCUGAAAAUGAGCCGCGGCAGCGGCGCAAGCUUAAAUUCAGUGUUCUACGCGGAGACUUACCACCCGAUCCAAGCCGGAAGCAUCGACGGGACCGACAUCCACCCCCACGACAACGCCGUCUACAGAGCUCUUCUCUGUUCCAACGCCGCCCUCUAUGACCCGUUUGGCGACCCGAAAGUAAUUGGGGAUCCUUGUUGCACUCUCUUCGUUGCUCGUCUCUCUCAUCUCACCACUGAACACACUCUUCGUAAGGCUAUGAGCGAAUAUGGGAGGGUGAAGAACUUGCGUUUGGUAAGACAUAUAGUGACGGGUGCCUCGCGUGGUUAUGCAUUUGUUGAGUUUGAAACAGAGAAAGAUAUGCGUAGAGCAUACAAGGAUGGUCAUCAUUCUUUUAUUGACGAUUCGGAAAUAAUAGUUGACUACAAUAGACAGCAUUUGAUGCCUGGUUGGAUUCCAAGAAGGCUAGGAGGUGGUCUUGGUGGCAAGAAAGAAUCAGGACAACUUCGAUUUGGAGGACGAGAAAGACCAUUUCGAGCUCCACUGAGGCCGAUUCCAUUUGAUGAUCUAAAGAGGCUCGGCAUACCACCUCCUCCCGAAGGAAGAUAUAUGUCACGUUUUCAGAUCCCAUCACCACCGAGAAGAAGAAGCAGAAGAAGAAGUCUUUCUUCUGAAACCGGUCAAGACUUUGACGGAGAGCAUGAGAAACCAACUAGCUCGUCUCGUCAGCACGAAAGGUCAUCGAGUCGUGAUCGCUUACAUGGCAAUAGGUCUACUAGGCACUACAAUGAAGAACACCUUGAAAGGCAGCACAAAAAAGAUAGGCAUUCUUACAGGCACGAAAAGAGGCCGUCUGAGGGUGAUGCUUCGUCGUCUGGGAAAAGGCGGCGUGUCGAUAGCGAAAAACGAGGUUCGUAUGAACAUGACAGGUGGAGUCCUAGGUAGCGGCUACAUCUUUUUCAAUAGUGUCUUAUUUUAAUGUUGACAGGUUAGAAGCACGUGUCUUGUUUAAAUGUUGUUCCAAGAUCAAUAUGUUGUUCGUUGUCGUUUUUUGUUAAAAUACUCGAUUUUGAGAACUAGUAGUUUUCUGAAGUGCAUUGCCGAUUUUCAGGCAAUCGCUGGAAGUUUGUUGUCGUUAUUUCGUCA